ACUCGAACCGUUGCCGUCCGAUUAGACAAUCAGGUCGCACAAGAAUAUGAGCGUUUGGCUCAGUUGAAGGGCGAUAAAUUAGGGACUUAUCUUCGGGAUCUUCUGACUAGUAAUUUACAGAUGGCCAGUAUUGAACGGCAGGCACUGUGGUUGAACUAUAUCGAGUUGUUUGCAGGUUGUGGUGGAUUAUCUCUAGGUUUAGAGGCUUCAGGACAUAACUUGGUUAUUGCUAAUGAAUUAUCACCAAUGGCAGCCGAAACCUUUGCUUAUAAUUUUUUUAAUGAAAGUUUAGAUGAACAGCAUCUUGAACAUACGCUUUGGAUUAAUUCAAAUUUUUCUAAAAAUGAAGUAUCAAAAAGGCUGAGAGAAAAUCCUAAAACCUACCCACCUAUCAUGAAUAGUGGUUUUAGUGACUUGGAUCCGAGCACCCAGCUCAAUAAAAAAUUACUUGUUGGUAGCAUUGUAGAACUCAAUAAGUUAUUACAACAACAGCCUGAAUUAUUGAAGCAAAUACAAGAUGAGCAUUUAGAAGGUGGUUUAGAUCUCGUUUCUGGUGGCCCACCCUGUCAAAGUUUUAGUUUGGCUGGAUUAAGACAGUUGGGUAAUGAACGAAAUACUUUACCCUGGGAAUUUGCCAAAUUUGUAGAACUCACUCAUCCUAAAUUUGUGCUUUUAGAAAAUGUUUCUGGAAUUCUAAGGGCUUUUAAUACCGAUGCUGGACAGUUCUAUGCCUGGUAUGAGGUUGCUAAGGCCUUUUCAAAGAUUAAUUACGUUCCUCUAUGCUUACAUGUAAAUGCUAAAUAUGCUGGCGUUGCUCAGAACCGACCACGUUUUAUUCUUUUGGGUAUUCGUGUAGAUAUUUAUGCAGAAAUAAUUCAGAAAUUGAAUGAAAAAGAGCAAGAAAUUUUAAAACAUAGCUAUCAGUUUCUUGAGAAACUACAUCAAACGAAGAAACAAACUCAAAAGGCUUUAGUUGCUAACCAACCAGCACCAGCAGCUUUGUCUAUUCCUGAUGAUGCUUGCCAUUACUGUGAUUUAAGGACACUAACUGUUCGAGAAAUGGCACGAGUACAAUCUUUUCCAGAUAACUUUAAGUUUCUAUCUAAAGUAACUACUGGUGGCCAAAUGAGAAAGUUUGAAGUUCCUCAAUACACUCAAGUUGGUAAUGCUGUUCCACCCUUGUUGGGGGUUGCUUUGGGCUUAGUAAAGCUUCUGAUAGAUGAACUCAAAGAAAUGGAAUCAAUGGUUCUUAACUCUUUAAAACUAGAAGCAGGAUUAUUGGCUGGAACAACAGGAGGAGCAUUAGCUGGUUUUGGGGCAUACAGUAGUGUUGGUUUAUUAGCAUCAGCUUCAACAGGUACAGCUAUUUCGGGGCUUUCAGGUGUUGCCGCAACAAAUGCAACUUUAGCUUGGCUUGGCGGUGGUUCUCUUGCUAGUGGUGGUUUUGGAAUGGCUGGAGGAAUGAUUGCCCUUGGAGGAAUUGUAGCUGGUCCUGCUUUAGCAAUAGGCGGCUUU